AUAACCAGAACAUGGCCUCAGUGUAGUCUGUGGUAAUGGGUGGAAAAAUCUAUAUUUUAGAUUAUUUAUGAAAAGGCCACCACUUAAGCAGCAUGACUGACCGUAGCAACACUAUUUGGUGAAGUCUGCACAAGUGAAAUUCCCAAAUAUGGCAUGCAAUGUAAAAGUCGAACCCUUGUAUACAUGUAGUGUAACAGAGUAAUGAUGGGGUUGAAUUAUAUGUAUGUAUGUGUAAUAUAAUUGAUCAAUAUUGAUCAUAUAAGUAAUCAAUGAACCUAAUUUUGUUAAUUUAUGUGAUCGUGCAUUGUUGUCACAUCACAUUGCGUUGAUGAGAAGCAUACUGCUGAAGAGAAGCCGUCUUUUAUUUUAGACUGUUAGGUGUUUACCAGUGAACAGCGAUAAGUAAGGAGCUACUUCUAUUGUGCAUUCAAAUAAAUUUGGAUUUGACGAAGAAAUUAUAUGAGGCAUGUCAAAUUUGCUUGUGAAUGAAAAGAGUUUAUCUCACAAGGCAAAGCACAUUUAAAAUACAUUAAUAUACAUGCAGAAUUGAUAAAAGAGCUACUGAGAUAUAAGUACCAGCUUCUGUGGGUAUACUGCUAAGAAACAAAUAAUUGACUGACUGAUUGAAAUGACAAUACAGCAUUUUUUGUGUUGUUGUCCCUCGAAAUACACGCUGACGUCAUCAUUAGUGUCGGUGGCGCAGGAUUGUGACCCGUUCAUCCCGGAACAUAGCAUAGUUACAACGUUUUAGGAACGUGUGUGUCCGACUACUUAAAAAACAGAUUUGCAGACAUUAAACGUCAGUUAUAAUAUGUUUCAGGAUGGCUCUCAAUAAAUCUAUGCACCCAAGAAAUCGUUACAAAGACAAACCUCCAGAUUUUGCCUACCUGGCCUCUAAAUAUCCAGAGUUUCAACAGCAUGUGCAGACCAACUUGAUUGGCCGUGUCACGUUGAACUUUAAGGACCCGGAGGCGGUGCGGGCUCUCACCUGCACCCUGCUGAAGGAGGACUUUGGCCUGACCAUCCAGAUCCCCCUGGAGCGCCUCAUCCCCACCGUGCCGCUGCGCCUCAACUACAUCCACUGGGUGGAGGACCUCAUCAGCGACCAGGGCGCCCGCGACGGCCCGCGCAGAGGCAUCGACAUCGGUACGGGGGCCUCCUGUAUCUACCCCCUGCUGGGGGCCACCAUGAACGGCUGGUACUUCCUGGCCACGGAGGUGGAUGACAUCUGCUUCAACUACGCCACCAAGAACGUGGAGCAGAACAGCCUCUCGGACCUGAUCAAAGUGGUGAAGGUCCCUCAGAAGACUCUGCUGAUGGACGCGCUGAAAGAGGAGUCCUCCAUCAUCUAUGACUUCUGCAUGUGCAACCCACCCUUUUUUGCUAACCAGUUAGAAGCAAAGGGGGUGAACUCUAGGAACGCGCGGCGCGCCCCUCCCAGCUCCGUGAACACUGGGGGCGAGACGGAGAUCAUGGCAGAGGGGGGCGAGCUGGAGUUCGUCAAGAGGAUCAUCCACGACAGCCUGCAGCUCAAGAGAAGGCUCAGGUGGUACAGUUGCAUGCUGGGAAAGAAGUGCAGCCUCGCCCCGCUGAAGGAGGAGCUGCGGAAACAAGGGGUGUCUAAAGUGACCCACACUGAGUUCUGCCAGGGACGCACCAUGCGCUGGGCUCUGGCCUGGAGCUUCUACGACAACGUGACUGUUCCGUCUCCCCCGAGUAAGAAGCGCAAGAUGGAGAAGGCCCGCAAGCCACUGGCCUUCACCAUACUGCAGCCCACAGUCCGAGAGCUGCAGAUCAAAGCCUCCUCUUUGUCUCCCUCCUCCUCCUCCUCCUCCUCCUCCUCCUCUUCCGCAGCUUGCUCAAAGAGCAGCAAUGUGCACACAGUCACUGUCUGGAUGGAGAAGACACUCACAGACCUGCGGAUUCUUCAUAAGCGCGUCCCCAGCGGCGAGGCAGAGCUCAGUCUCUUCCUGACUGCCGUGGAGAACACCUGGGUCCACAUACGGCAGAGACGGCGCGAACAGAACCGAAAGCUCUCCCCUGGUGCCUCCAGCCACCCGGCCGCAGCUCAGGGCUCUGACAUGAAACCUGCACCGCCCCACAAGACGGAGAACCAGGAAGGUCCCAAGGCCUCGGGGGAAGAGCCCCAAUCAGCCCCGGGGGGUGGACAGGGGAGCAACGGGCAGGACGCUGGAGCUCAGGCAGGAGAGCCGGGUGAGCACGGGGGACUGGAUGUCAGCAUGGAGUCUCCCAGCACGCAGGAAGAGGUUCCUGUCACGCCGGAAGUCAGCCGCUCCACACAGGAAGCCGAUGGCGUCUCCAGUCCAAAGGAAGCGGCGGUUGGCCUCCAGCCCCAGAGCCCCGGCCCGACGCAGAGCUUCCUGUUCAAGACCCUGCUGAACGUGAAGGCCCAGGAGGCAGACGUGCUGGUGGAGAUGCACUGGGUGGAGGGCCAGAACAAGGAUCUGAUGAACCAGCUCUGCACCUGCUUGAAGAACACCCUCCUGCGUACUGCCUCCAGCCCUCUGUGAUGGGGGACACCCCAAGCACCGGCUCCCUCCCUCCCUCCACCUUUCUGUAGACACUUGCCUUCCAACACACCAGUCAUGUAUUACCAUCUACUUUAGGACCCUAGGAUUUUUGUUAAUGACUGAUCUCACGAAUACGUUUUGUUUGAAAUUCACCUGGUUUUCAAAUAAAUGUAUGUUUUUAUUAAA